AUGGACUAUGAUAUCCUAUGCUUCAAGCACUGUAACUCCCAAUCAAUAUUCUGCAAAGCAAUCCCCGAAAAAUGUCCCAUCUGUCAGGUGGAACUAAAAAAUUUAUCAACAGAACCAUUUGUCUUGCCGUACUGUUGCACAAAGGCGACAAAUAACCCGGCUUCGAUAGUACUGAAGCCUUCUGUUGGAACAUUUUGCAACGACUACACCAUCACAAAGGACAUGCACAUUGGUGUGGUUGAUUCCCAAUGCCAGUUAUAUGAAUAUGACCACCGCGGAAUAAUUCACAACAAUUUUAACGACUGGACAGACUGCAUUGUCAUUAAUAAUUUAGUUCCCGAGUCUUGGUACUCCCACUGGGACAAAACGCUGUCAGAUAUUGUCAUAAAUCCUGCCUGGAGUUCAUCAAACUACGACUCUGAAAAAUUUAAUUGUUACAAUUUCAUCAUUGAGUUUCUUAAAUUAUUGAAUUAUGAAAAUUUAAAAUUUAUUGAUAAAGAGCAUGUGUUUAAUGAAUUUUUCUUACCUAAGUUGCGUUAUACAUUAAAAAUAAGGAAAGAAGAAAAUAAGCUGAUGAUGUCACUGAGGAAGAUUAUCAGGUCACCGUUGUUCAUUACGAAGAUUGAAAGGAUAAAAAUUGGGCAUCGUGAUAUCCAGACGGCUAGUAGUAGUCAUGAGAAUAAGGAUGAUGGUAACAAAUAUGAUGUUAUUGUAAUCGGUGGUGGACAUGCUGGCACUGAAGCUUGUGCAGCUGCUGCGAGAAUGGGUGCUAAGACCUUACUUGUUACUCAUAAGAAAAGUACAAUAGGUGAAAUGUCCUGUAAUCCAUCAUUCGGUGGGAUAGGCAAAGGAAAUUUAGUAAGAGAAGUCGACGCGCUUGAUGGUGUCUGCAGCCGAAUUUGUGAUGUUUCUGGAGUGCAUUAUAAAAUAUUAAACAAACAAGACGGUACAAAAAUAUUCAGUGAAACAGUUGUAAUAACAACGGGAACUUUUCUAAAAGGACAAAUAAACAUUGGCUUAGAAAAGCGUCCAGCUGGAAGAAUAGGCGACGAACCAAGUAUAGGAUUAGCAAACACUUUGGAAGACCUGGGUUUUCGAAUGAGCCGGUUGAAAACAGGAACCCCGCCACGAUUAAAGAAGUCAACCAUAGACUUCUCAAAGUGUGGGAUUCAAGUUCCAGACGAGAUACCAGAGCCAUUUUCAUUUAUGAAUGAGCGUGUGUUGAUAAAUCCCAGUGACCAGUUACCCUGCUAUAUAACUUAUACAAACGAACGAGUCGCUCAAAUAAUUAGGGAUAAUAUGCACUGCAAUAGUCAUGUCACAGAAGAAGUAACUGGUCCGCGUUAUUGCCCAAGUAUUGAAAGUAAAGUAUUAAAAUUUAAAACGUCAGGCCACCAGAUCUGGCUGGAACCAGAAGGAUUGACGUCAGAUAUUAUCUAUCCUGGAGGAUUGUCAUGCACAUUGCCAGCAGACAAGCAGCAGGAACUGGUUAAUUGUAUACCAGGAUUAGAAAAAGCUGAAAUAGUGCGUCCUGGUUACGGAGUCGAAUAUGACUUCAUCGACCCCCGGGAGCUAACUUACGAGUUGGAAACUCGAAGGAUCCGCGGACUGUUUUUGGCUGGACAGAUUAACGGCACGACUGGCUACGAAGAAGCUGCUGCGCAAGGAAUAAUUGCUGGUGCUAAUGCUGCGGCUAGAGUUCUUAAUAAACCAGCUCUGAUUGUCGACCGAACAGAAGGUUACAUCGGUGUUUUAAUUGACGACUUGACGUCUCGAGGAACAACAGAACCCUAUCGUAUGUUCACAAGUCGCGCGGAGUUCCGUGUAAGUCUCAGGCCGGAUAACGCUGACCUGAGACUUACGGGCAAGGGGUUCAGAACCGGCUGCGUGUUGACAGAACGCAUGGAGAAGACCUCCAAACUAAAAGAAAGGUUGCAAGAAAGUAUGCAUCUGCUUGGAUCUAUUUCUAAAACUAACAAAGAGUGGUCGGAGUUAUUUGGAAUCAAAAGAGUUAAAGAUAACAAGAUCGAAGUCAGCUAUGAUUAUUGUAUUCAAGAGCAGUUGAUAGAAGUUGAAGAAGUGCGCAAACAUGAAAAAAUGCUGAUACCCUUAGACUUUAAUUAUGAAAAGUACGUUAAGAUCAACCUUUCGACGGAAGACAGAGAAAAACUCACAGCUAUGCAGCCGCAAACGGUUGCUGCGGCGACUAGAAUACCUGGAGUUACACCAGCAGCGACGCUGAGAAUUGUUAAACAUCUUCAACAGAUUAAACGCAAUGUAUAUAAUAGAAAUUAA